CGACUUUCAUGAAUGCAGCAUAUUUCACAGUGGUGGUUGUUUACUGUGUUCUCACAUGUGUAACCAACCACUGUUCAAGAAAGUAUAAAUGAUCUAGUAGCUACACAUUUGGGCAAAAAGUGACAGGAAGAUGUGAUAUUAAAGUAGACUUAUUAAAGUUUUUGUAGACAUAUUAAUUAAUUAGUUUUCAUGCUAUAGGGUCUUCUAAGAAAGCACCCCUUUUAAACAUAUCCUGAAACCUUGCAAAGAGCAGUCUUGGGUGAUUUCAUACGCCUGACAAGGUCAAAAAUAUUUUCUAGCCUUCUUAUUCCUGUUAUUAAAAAACUUGUCUUUCCUUUCCCUGCACAACGUCACUGUACAUUUUGGUAUAUUUCUCUCUAAACUUAGGGGAGGGUGUUACAUAUAUGUGGCAACACACUAGUUGCUGGUCAAACUGAAGUGAAGUAAUAGUCAGUGAAUGUUAGGGUGGAAUAAACAAUGUGCUAUGUGAACGUGUUAUAAUGACUUAAUUAUAGAUCAAUAAAAAUUAAUACGAUUAAAACAUGGCAUAGUCGUGUGGAAUAGUAUUACAACUAAUUGCCAGGCAAUCAAUCCCCUUGGUUGUUUUUCCUCUCAGCAGACGCAAAAUGGAAUUUUGUCGCCCACCGCAAGGCCUAAGUUUCGACGGCAAUGUGGCUGAAAACUGGCGCAGAUUCAAGCAGCGGUUUCAGAUUUAUAUGAAAGCUUCAGGAAAUGCUUCAAAAGAUUCAGAUGUGAAAGUUGCUUUAUUUUUAAAUGCCGCUGGUGAGGAAGCAGUUGAAGUGUUCAACACGCUCAAUCUUUCAACAGGAGAUCAGGGUAACUAUGAAAAAGUGCUUGAGAGGUUUGAAGCUUUCACGACGCCUAGAACAAAUGUUGUGGUGGAGAGAUUUUUAUUCAAUAAGAGAAAACAAGAAGAAGGGGAACUUUUUGAUUGUUUCGUAACUGACCUGAAAAAACUUGUAAAAUCUUGCGAAUUUGGUGAGCAGAGUGACUCUGUCAUACGUGAUCGCAUUGUCCUUGGAGUAUCAGAUGCCAGUUUAUAGGAGAGGAUGCUGCGAGAAAAUAAUCUGAGUUUGGAAAAAGCAAUUGAAUUAGGGAAAGCAGAUGAAUUGAGCAAAGCUCGUGCUCAAACGUUAAGAGAACACAAUGUUGACAGCAUAACUAGAGAAAAAGUGAAGCAACAUCGAACAGGAGGAGCCAACGCAGCCUUAGCAGUGAGGAAGCACAGAGGAUGGAGUGCUGACACUUCAAAUAUUGAGACAUCUUUAUGCAAACUUUGAGACAUCUUUAUGCAAAUAUUGAGACAUCUUUAUGCAAAAAUGCAACAGACAUCACAUUAAUGGACAGUGUCCGGCAUAUGGAAAAAAAAUGCUUUAAUUGUGGCAAACUAAUCACUUUUCGACUAUGUGCAG